UUUUGGACUUCAAUUUGGUGGCGGGAAAGGCGUCCUAUUCUGAGAGCAUCCUUCGGUCCUACGCAGUAGCUCUUUGUGGGAACCAGGAUGGAAAAACAACUGGAAAAGCAAGCUGCCGCUGCGCCCGCAGACUCCAGAGAGGAAGGCGGACCGCAGCCUGGCGCCCGCGCCCAGGCUCAUCCCGAGGACCAACUGACCCUGCUGCUCAGGCUGAGAGCACAGACAAAACAACAACUCUUGGAAUAUAAAUCAAUGGUUGAUGCAAAUGAAGAAAAAACUCCAGAAGAAAUCAUUCCAGAAAAACAAAUUGAAACUAAAAUUGAAGACCUGGAAAAUGAAAUUGAAGACGUGAAAAUGGCUUUUGAAAUGAAAAAGCUUGCAUUAGACAGGAUGCAACUUUCGUCAGCCCUUAGAAAAUACUUGGAGGAAAGUAACGUUCAGAAUAGUGAGCUCAUGGAUAACAUGAAACACAUAUUAAAGCUAAAUAAAAUAAUAAUGAAAUCACAGCAGGAAUCUUGGGAUUUGGAGGAAAAACUGCUUGAUAUUAAAAAGAAGAGAUUUGAAUUAAAACGAUCUUCAGAACAUAAGUUUUCAGAAAUACAGACUGAAAAGAACAAACAGAAAGAUGAUUUGGACAGUAUGGAAAAUUCAGACAAGAUAAAGGCCUUGAAACAAAGGCUACAGAUGGAGAUACAAAUUACUACAGUUAUUCAACACGUGUUCCAGAACCUCAUUUUGGGGAGUAAAGUCAAUUGGGCAGAGGAUUCUGCUCUUAAGGAAACUGUUCUGCAGCUUGAGAAGAAUCUCACCAUGAUCUAAGAAGAAUUCUAUGUCGGCAUUAUUUGUUUUUGUCUUUGAUAUAUCAUUUAAAUAACCAAUUUUAGGUGAAAUAUGUUUUUCAGUGUUUUUGGAAGUAUUCUUAUACUGCAAAAUUU